AUGCUACUGGAGAGAGCCCGUGGACAAGCAGUGGACAUGCUUUCAGUCCUGUCGGAAUUCCUCGACUCUGGAUUAGGCGAACCUAUAGUGGAAAACACUGCUCCAGCAGUAGAUGAGGACGAUAAUGUAAGCGAAGUUUCUUUCGAGCCUACGGCGGAAGACGAUUUCCGAAUGCCUAGGAGCCUGGGGCCUGGUCCUAGUGGAGCUCCUCGAGCUCCUCGAGCUCCUCUUGCACUCGCCGGUGAAGAGGAGUCUAGUGAUCCCACGACGCUGGCGGCGUCACAGAAAAAGGUGUUGGAGAAAGCACAACUUGCUGGGCUUGUUAACAAUCUUGGUAAAAAUUCGCAACUCUCAGAGCUCUUGAUCGCGAAGUAUGCAGAGACACAACAAUCUGUCAUCAUUGUGGUUUUGAAAGGCUGCGCGGCGGCACGCCAGUGA